AUGGUACAAGCCCAACGUGGCAGAACACAUGGAUCAUCAAAAGAUACUACCACCAGUGUACCUACGAAGAAAAAAUGGCUAGACAAGUUGAAGACAGUUAUCGAGAAGAGAGUUAAGAAGAUACUCACAACCACAACUACAACUACUACGACUACAACGAAGAAACCAUUCAAAACUACUAAGCCGAAACCUACAAAGAAGACGACCACGAUGAAGACAACGAAACCUCCAAAAACCACUACCACGACGCCUACCACAACUACCGUGAAAAGAUUGACAACAUUGUCAAGAGCUGUGAUUACUACGCCACGUAUGACAACUACUAGUUUGAAACCGGUUACAACGACAACACAGGAAGCUACUACUUACAAGACAACGAAAACAUCAGCAACUGUGGUUCCAUCAACGACAGUAAUUCUUUCUACGACAUCGAACCCGACAACACCAUCUUCUUUGAUGACCACUUCAACUGUGACGUUGCCUGUUACUACCACCGCGUCUAGGACGACAAUUGCGCCAUCGGCAACAAGUACUGUUGCGCCAACCACUAGCACUGCUUCCACUACAACGCCUGCUGCAACUAGUACUACUAGUUCGAUAACGUCAAAGAUAGCAACUACGACUACCACUACGCCUACGGUUCUUUCCACGACACCAGUUACGUCCCCAACAACAACGACUAUUGCUCCCACUACUACUAGUACUUCUACUACUGCUCCUACAACUACCACGCCUGCGACAACUACUACGCCAACAACUACAAGGACUACUGCUCCCACAACUACUAGUACUUCUACUACUGCUCCUACAACUACCACGCCAGCGACAACUACUACAACAACGACUACUGCUCCCACAACUACUAGUACUUCCACUACUGCUCCCACAACUACCACGCCAGCGACAACUACAACGCCGACAACAACUACUACUACAACCACGAAAGCGUCCAUAACUACUACUACCACAACUACUGCAGCAACAACUACAGCUAUUGCUCCUACAACUACUACUCCUUCUACUACUACCCCUGCAACUACUACAACUGCGCCAUUUACAACGACUACCACUACUACUCCAAAAACUACUACUACUACCACUAGUCCUGCUACAACUACUACCCCUGCAACUACUACACUUCAGGCUUCCACUUCAACAACGCCUAUCUCCAAAAUUACCACUACAUCAACGCCUAUAACUACUUUCAUUCCUAUCACAACACCAUCGGCAACUACCAAACCGUCUACAACGUCGAAUCCCACCACAACUACGACUUUAACGACUACAACAACGAAAAUGGCCCCUAUUAGUCAGGCACUAACAACUACGACGACAAUGAAGAUCGCCCUUGGAUUGUUGGUGUUUGCCAUAUUGGCAGUGUGUUUGGUAGAUGCGCACAAAAAAAAAUUGAAAGAGGAUGACGAUACGGUUGCAUCGAUAGAUAUUGCCAAGGGAUGGAUAAAAAUUUACUUCAAGAUACCACCCGGUGGCCAGAAACUGACCACCACUAAGAAGAUGCGCUUUACACCACGUCCCACACUGAAGACAAAUAAACCAUUAGUAACGAAAAGGAUACCUCCGGGUCUAACCACGAAGAGCUCGCAGAAGGCAACAACCAAGCUCCCCAUCUUCUAUACUAUACCGACAAUCCGUACCACGUCAAAGUCUGAAGGAACAACUGCAAAGAUGGUUACAACUACUGGAAAAUUGGUAACAACUACCACAAAGCCCUUGACUACAACCACCUCCAAAACAUCAACAGUGGCGCCGGUCUCCACGACUAAAAUUAUCUCUACAGUUGCCACUUCUACUACAACCAGCCGGCCAACAACUCCAGUUACUACUGUUCCAUCAACGACAACUAAACCAACAACUGUUACUAUACCGACUACUACCCCUACAACUACUGUUCCAACAACGACGACUAAACCUACAACAACCUCAACGACUGCAUCAACAGCUGCUUCCACCACUACUGUGCCUACAACAACGACUAAGCCUACAACAACCUCAACGACCGCAUCAACAGCUGCUUCCACCACUACUGUUCCUACAACAACGACUAAGCCUACGACUAUCUCAACGACUGCAGCUGCUGCAGUUACUUCCACGACUACUGUUUCUACAACAACGACUAAGCCUACAACAACGGCACUACCGUCAGCUCCGACCUCUACAACAACGUUGUCCACUGCUGCGACUACAACAAAAGCAGCGACAGCAACAUCAACACCAACAGCUGCAUCGGCUACUGUACCAUCGUCCAGUACAACGGCUACAUCUGUGACUACACCAACAACUACAGGCAGCGGCAACAAGAACGGUAUGUUGUUUUACGCCGGAGGCAUUCCUGAUACGCCUUCCACUACCACAUCCAAAACUACGACCACAGCGGCGACGACGACGACGACGACGACUACUCAGGUCAGUACCACCAUCACUACUAACAAAAGCAUGCAAACGACUGCUUCAUUGACGGAUAUUGUUGAUCCUUUCGCUUCCUUGCAAACAACCCAAACAACCACUGCCAUCCCAAACAGAGCUCUGAUGCCGACACCUACGACUACGGCGAUUAUACCAGCUACUAAAGAUGUGAACGCAGAAGAGCUUUCUAGCUCGGUAGAAUACUAUUACGACGAUGAAGUGGAGCAGGACGAGGAGGAGAAGGGCCUGCAGAUAGUCAUCACUACCAAAGGCAUAACCAGCAGUCCGGCAAUGAGUGAAGAUAGCAUAAGUAAUAAAACAGGCAAGAAGAACAAGGGCAAGAAAAACAAAAAGAAAAAUAAGAACAAAAAGAAAAAGAAUGAUAAGAAAAACAAUGGGCUUCAGCGGGGAGUGGAUAAGCAAUCGAAGACUACACCCGGGAACUAG